AUGUUGAGAAAUGUCCCAGAGCUGGACGGCUGGGCCGUGGAGAGACGGCGGCACUGCAGCCAACACAAGAAGAGCCCCCAGCAGAGUGUUGCAAGAAGUUUCCCCCGAAGCCCUUUCCUCAUGAAGCAUCAGGCCCGUCCAGCGGGGGCCCAGGCUCCUGCGAACCAUGGCCACAAAAAGGGCUUCGUGUUCGAGUCAGGCCUAGACCAGGGUCGCCCCUGCAGAAGAGAGGGCAUGUGUAGGAAAGCCUGUGCCUGUUUCCCAGAGCUUAGUCAGCCACAAGGAGUCCACACUGAGGAGGGUACGGCGGCAUGUGGUGGGUGGGACGAUGCCUUCAGCAAGAACACGCGCCUCCUGAGUUUUCAGAGGAUUCCUGAGGGGAGGAAGUCCUACGCAUGUGAGGAGUGUGGGAAGGCCUUCAGCCAGAGCACGCAUCUCAUUCAACACCAGCGGAUCCACACAGGCGAGAAGCCCUACGUGUGCCGCGAGUGCAGACGCGCCUUCAGCAAGAACUCGUCCCUUGUCAAACACAGGCGGAUCCACACCGGCGAGAAGCCUUAUGUGUGCAGCAUCUGUGACAAACGCUUCCGCGAGAGUUCGGCCCUCGCCAGACACCAGCGGGUGCACACGGGGGAGAAGCCUUACGCGUGCAGCGAGUGUGGCCGCGCCUUCAGCCAGAGCACCCACCUGGUGCAGCACCGGCGAGUCCACACCGGGGAGAAGCCGUUUGCCUGCAAAGAGUGUGGCAAAGCCUUUGCUGGCUCCUCGGCUCUCCUCGUCCACCACAGGACCCACACCGGGGAGAGGCCCUAUGAGUGCGGCGUGUGUUGCAAGGCUUUCAGUGUCAGCUCGUCCCUGGCUGAGCACCAGCGCUGCCACACCGGGGAGAAGCCGUACGCGUGCCUCGAGUGCGGCAAAGCCUUCAGCCAAAGCGCGUCCCUCGGCAAGCACCAGCGGGUGCACACGGGCGAGAAGCCCUACGUGUGUGAGUGGCUCUACACCUGCAAAGAAUGUGGCAAGGCCUUCAGCCAGGCCAAGUUCCUCAUGCAGCACCAGCGCAUCCACACCAAGGAGAAGCCCCACGUCUGCGGCGACUGCAGGAAGGCCUUCAUGCAGAGCUCGUCCCUCGCCCUCCAUCAGAGAACGCUCUCUGGGGAGAAGCCGUACAAGUGCAACAAGUGCGGCAAGGCCUACAUCCAGCUGUCGCACCUGACUGAGCACUACCGUGCGCACACUGACAGCCCCAGUGGCAUCUACCUCCUCCUUCCUACUCCCCAGCUGGACUCUCAGUUCCCUCCCAGGGGCUGA